AUGGGCAAAAUAUAUAGAUCAAAAAGAAUUUGUACAACUCCAGGACCUGGAGAAUAUGAUAUUGAUAAUUCUAUUGAUCAUGAUAAAUUAAUCAACUUAAAUAGAUGGAGUAAAUCUAAGAGAUUCUAAGAUGAUAGAACUAAUUUUAUUGGUCCUGGAAAAUAUGAAAUUGAUCGAUCUUUCAUUAAAACCGGAAUUUCAUUUACAAAAUAAAAAAAUUAUAGGGAACCAGUUUAAAAACAACUUUUUGAGUCUCCAGGUCCUGGACAUUACCUCGUCGAUUCAGAAUUAGGAUAUAUUCCUGAAUACUUAAUAAAAUAAAAAUGA